UGAUUAGAGAUACUAUUAUAUUCUGAACAACUUGCACGCAUUUUAAACUCAGCUUCAUUUGCAACAAGUAGCUCUCAAUAUGUUAUGGAAGAAAAUGAAUUUAGUGUCUUGGUACGGAGCGAGGCACACCCAGGUUCUCCUUUUGUUCGUGCUGCUCGCCAGGGUGUUUGCAAUUCGGGUGCACCUUUCGGUGGCGAUAGUCGCGAUGACGACCUUGAAUAUCACCGAGAACACCGAAAUUCCGACGUACACAUGGACGGAUAAGAGCGUGAUGUUGUCCGCAUACUAUUGGGGUUACGUUGUUCCCCAAGUGAUCGCCGGUCAACUGGGGCAGAGAUACGGGCCUAAGUGGCUGAUCACGGGGGCGUCGGCGGUUUGCGUGGUGUUUACGUGCCUGAUACCUACGUUGGCGCAGUUCGGUUCCUGGGCCGUGAUGCUGUGCCGGGUGGUGCAAGGUUUCGCGGAUGGGAUCGCUGUACCGUGCUGUCAUGCGAUGUUAUCCAAAUGGGCGCCUACUUCGGAAAAGUCUCGGUUGAGCACUUUUGUUUACGCUGGAGGGCCGUUGGGAAUGGUAAUCUCAAUGCCGGUUACUGGGUGGUUGUCCAGUACGUGGAUGGGGUGGCCAUCCAGUUUCUAUGCCCAUGGACUGGUUGCUUUCGUGUGGACGGUUGCGUGGGUGACCUUGGGGAAAAAUUGCCCGGCGGAUCACAAGGGUAUCGAUCCUGUGGAGUUAAAAUACAUUGAACAAUCAAUUGGCACUUCUCAGUGUGUUCAAAUGGCAACUCCGUGGAGGUCGAUCGUGGUGUCAUUGCCAGUAUGGGCUAUCCUCGUGAGCACUUGGGGUCAAGUCUGGGGUUUCGCCACGUUACUAACAAACAUACCUACUUAUCUUGCUCAUGUCAUGGAUUACGAUAUAGCUGAGAACGGCCUUCUGUCUGCGGCCCCAUACCUAAUCUUCUGGCUGCUGAGCUUCGUAUUCGGAAUUGGGUCGGAUUUUAUAAUCACGCGUCGUAUACUGUCAACCGGCGCCACGAGAAAACUCGUCAAUAGCUUUGGGAUGUACGUACCUGGCGCUUGCCUUCUAAUUCUGGCACUGAUGAGCACCUUCAGCCUAGGAAAUGCCACAAUAACCCUCUUCAUUCUGUUUCUCGCCGUUGGAAUCUCGGCAGCAUUUCUGAGCGGAUACAACGUCAACCACAUCGAUAUAGCGCCUAACCACGCGGGCACGCUAAUGGGACUCACGACGGGCCUAGGAAAUAUCUCCGCGAUCAUCGGACCCCUGUUGGUUCAAUUCCUGGUAACGGACCAAAGCGACGUCAAACAGUGGGCGACGGUCUUCUAUACGUCGUCGGCCGCUUACAUUAUUGGAAACACCUUCUACCUCAUCUUCGCCUCUGGUGAAAUUCAACCCUGGAAUGAAGAAGAGAAAAAAUUACCCAAGUGA